UCUGGUUUAUUUGUAGUUAUCUCGUAGCUCAGGUCUUUCCAUCCAGAACCUACCGGCCUUCGCAACUACUGGGACAUCAAUACAAACUAACAGAGUUCCACCAGCCUGAAGGGAGAUAGCAGGCCAACUGCUACCAAAGGAGAUGCAUUGUUCCUCUCCCUCACCCUAGCAGGGCUGACAGCCCCUCUGACCAUGGAGACCGGUCAUGAGAUCUGCUGAAGGAGGAUUAGCUACCUUCUGUUGGAGUCAUGGGACCGCCUAACAGAACAAAGACCUAGCUCACAUGCUCUUCAGAACAACCCCUAAUAACACAUCAACACUCAUGACUCGCUGACACUGCUGGGAGCAGCCAAUCAGGGCACAAACUCCACUGGGACCAGCCCAUCAGGGCACAACCUCCACUGGGACCAGCCGAUCAGGGCACAAACUCCACUGGGACCAGCCCAUCAGGGCACAACCUCCACUGGGACCAGCCCAUCAGGGCACAACCUCCACUGGGACCAGCCCAUCAGGGCACAACCUCCACUGGGAGCAGCCGAUCAGGGCACAAUCUCCACUGGGACCAGCCGAUCAGGGCACAACCUCCACUGGGACCAGCCUGUCAGGGCACAACCUCCACUGGGAGCAGCCGAUCAGGGCACAAUCUCCACUGGAACCAGCCGAUCAGAGCACAAUCUCCACUGGAGAAACCCGCUGGUCCUUGUGUGAUGGGACCAAAUUUGUAGCUAGCUGAGGUCCAAACCAGCAACUUGGAACCCUGCAGAGGAACGUCCAGAGAUGGUACUCAGACCUGGUCUCUCAGAUAUCGACAGACCUCCUUCCUUCUGUCUCCAGAAGGGUCUGUCUUCAGAAGGGUUUCUCACUUUGUUAACUUGAGGUCCAGAAAGCGUGGAUCGAGAGGACCUUUCAGAAAAGGGAGUGUAGUCAACUAUUCCCCAGUAAAGACCCUACAAGAUGUAUGUGUGGUCAGCUGACGACACAGCAUGUGAUCACCCCUAUCGGCCCUCUGACCAACAAGACAUCCGAGGAAAACCACCAGCUGGUCCAGAUAGAGCCAGUCCAGCAGCAGGAGAGGUGGUCUGUGGCCAAACAUACUCAGACCUUCCCCACGGAUGCCUUUGGGACCAUCGAGUUCCAGGGUGGGGGAUUUAUCAACAAGGCCAUGUACAUCAGAGUAUCCCAUGACUCCAAGCCUGACAACCUGCUCCAUCUGAUGGUGAAAGACUGGCAGCUCGAACUCCCCACCCUGCUCAUCUCGGUCCACGGGGGGCUGCAGAACUUUGAACUGCAGCCCAAACUCAAACAGGUGUUUGGGAAGGGCCUCAUCAAGGCUGCUGUCACCACCGGAGCAUGGAUCUUCACCGGCGGAGUCAGCACUGGUGUGAUCCGCCACGUAGGGGACGCCCUGAAGGACCACUCCUCCAAGUCCAGAGGGAAGGUGUGUGCCAUCGGCAUCGCUCCCUGGGGGAUCAUAGAGAACAAAGAGGAUCUGAUCGGCAAGGAUGUAACACGGCCGUACCAGACCAUGUCCAACCCGCUGUCUAAGCUGUCUGUCCUCAACAACAGCCACUCCCACUUCAUCCUGGCUGACAACGGGACUACUGGAAAGUACGGUGCGGAGGUGAAGCUUCGCCGCCAGCUGGAGAAACACAUCUCAUUGCAGAAAAUCAACUCACGACUCGGCCAGGGAGUACCGUUAGUGUGCCUCAUUGUAGAGGGAGGUCCCAAUGUGAUCUCCAUUGUCCUGGAGAGCCUCAGGGAGGACCCCUCUGUGCCUGUGGUCAUCUGUGACGGCAGCGGACGAGCCUCUGACAUCUUGUCAUUCGCUCACAAAUACAGCGAAGAGGCAGGUCUGAUAAAUGAUGAUGUGAGGGACCAGCUGUUGGUGACCAUCCAGAAGACAUUUAACUACAGCAAGAGCCAAUCACAUCAGAUCCUCCUCAUGGUCAUGGAGUGCAUGAAGAAGAAAGAGCUGAUUACUGUGUUUCGAAUGGGUUCUGAAGGACAGCAAGAUAUAGAAAUGGCAAUUCUGACUGCUUUACUAAAAGGAACCAAUGCCUCAGCCCCAGACCAACUGAGUCUAGCUCUGGCCUGGAACAGAGUAGACAUCGCACGCAACCAAAUCUUUGUAUACGGACACCAUCUACCACCUGCCAGCGCCCUGGUCAACUCCGGUGGAGCAACUAGCAGCAUGGAGCGGCAGAAGAGCCCGGGCUCUGCCCCCAGAAACAAAACUAAGAAGAAAGGGAAGGGAGGGAAGGCCAAGCCUGAACCCCCAGAAGAAACGGACCCCAGGAAGAUAGAAAUCAUGCAAUGGGUGAACUCCCUGGAGCAGGCCAUGAUGGACGCCCUGGUGCUGGACCGGGUGGACUUUGUCAAGCUGCUGAUAGAGAACGGAGUCAACAUCCACCAUUUCCUCACCAUCCCUCGUCUGGAGGAACUCUACAACACUAGACUGGGUCCUACCAACACACUGCACGUUGUCGUCAGGGACAUCAAGAAGGGAAAUCUUCCACCAGAUUACCAGAUCACUCUGAUUGACAUUGGUCUGGUGAUGGAGUACCUGAUGGGGGGGGCUUACCGCUGUAAAUACACCAGAAAGAACUUCAGGACGCUCUACAAUAACCUGUACGGGUUGAAGAGGCCAAAAGCCUUAAAGAUGCUGGGGUUGGAGGACGAUGAGCCAAGGGGGAAGAAGAAGAAAGGGAAGAAGAAGAAAGAGGAGGAAGUGGAGAUCGAUGUGGACGACCCGGAGGUCUCCCGUUUCACUUACCCAUUCCACGAGCUAAUGGUGUGGGCAGUCCUCAUGAAGCGCCAGAAGAUGGCGCUGUUCCUGUGGCAGCGCGGAGAAGAGGCCAUGGCCAAGGCCCUGGUGGCCUGCAAGCUGUACAUCGCCAUGGCAAAGGAGUCGUCUGAGAGCGAACUGGUGGACGACAUCGCCCAGGACCUGGACAACAACUCCAAGGAGUUUGGCCAGCUGGCUUAUGAGCUCCUGGACCAGUCCUAUAAGCACGAUGAGCAGGUGGCCAUGAAGCUGUUGACCUAUGAACUGACAAACUGGAGUAACUCCACCUGCCUGAAGCUAGCUGUAGCCGCCAAGCACAGAGAAUUUAUCGCCCACACCUGCAGUCAGAUGCUACUGACAGAUAUGUGGAUGGGGAACCUAAGGAUGGGCAAGAGCCCAGGGCUGAAGGUUAUACUGGGCAUCAUCUUUCCACCAUCGAUUCUGCUGCUGGUGGACUUCAAAGGAGAAGACCAGUCAUACUCAGCCACCGACUCUGAUGAAGGGAAAGACAAGGAUGAUGACAAGUCCGGCAAGGAUGACACUAUGUCGAAGAAAGGAGAUGAGGAACAAGGCAACAGUAAGGUUAGGAGGAAGCCGAUUGGACGGAGGAUCUAUGAGUUCUAUGACGCUCCAUUCACUAAGUUCUGGUUCAACACUAUCUCCUACCUGGGAUAUCUGAUGCUGUAUAACUAUAUCAUCCUGGUCAAGAUGGAACGAUGGCCCUCCAUUCAGGAGUGGACUGUCAUCGCCUACAUCCUCACGCUUGGCUUCGAGAAAGUCAGACAGAUUCUGAUGUCAGAGCCGGGGAAGCUGAAGCAGAAGGUCAACGUGUGGCUGGAGGAGUACUGGAACAUCACAGACUUGGCGGCCAUCUCCACCUUCCUGAUUGGUCUGCUGCUUCGGCUGCAGAACGAGCCCCUCCUGGGCAUCGGCCGUGUCAUCUACUGCAUCGACAUCAUUUUCUGGUACAUCAGGGUCCUUGACAUCUUCGGGGUCAACAAGUACCUUGGACCUUACGUCAUGAUGAUUGGAAAAAUGAUGAUUGACAUGCUAUACUUCGUGGUGAUCAUGCUGGUGGUGUUGAUGAGUUUUGGGGUGGCGAGGCAGGCCAUCCUGCACCCCGAUGAGGAGCCAACAUGGCGUCUGGCCAGGAACAUCUUCUACAUGCCUUAUUGGAUGAUCUACGGUGAAGUGUUUGCCGACUCCAUCGACCGUAAGACUCAGAUUUAUAUCUAUGCAAUGGAAAUCAACCCUCCAUGUGGAGAUAACCUGUAUGAUGAGGAUGGGAAGAAGCUUCCUCCGUGUAUCCCUGGAGCCUGGUUGACCCCAGCCAUCAUGGCCUGCUAUCUUCUGGUGGCCAACAUCCUGCUGGUCAACCUGCUCAUUGCUGUCUUCAACAACACUUUUCUGGAGGUGAAGUCCAUCUCCAACCAGGUGUGGAAGUUUCAGAGAUAUCAGCUCAUCAUGAUCUUCCACGACCGUCCUCUCCUCCCUCCUCCCCUCAUUGUGUUUAGCCACCUGUACCUCCUGAUCAGCAGGGUCUCCGGUCGCUGCUCCAACAAGAAGAAUGAGGGAGAACCGGACGAGAAGGACAGGGGACUUAAGCUGCAUCUGAAUCCGGAGGAGCUGAAGGCCCUGUAUGAGUUUGAGGAGCAGUGUGUGGAGGAGUACUUUAAGGAGAAGGAGGAUGAGCAUGAGUCAUCCACCAAUGAGAGGAUUAAGGUCACAUCUGAACGGGUGGAGAACAUGUCCAUGCGCCUGGAGGAGGUAAAUGAGAGGGAAAACACCAUGAAAGCAUCUCUGCAGACGGUGGACCUUCGCCUAGCUCAGCUAGAGGACAUCCACAGCCGCAUGGCCAAUGCCCUGGAGAAGCUGGCCGGGGUCGACCAGUCAGAACUUAAACGUUCCCACUCCACACGCUCUUCCAACUGCGACACGUCUACCCUCUUCCGAGCCAGCUCGAUCAACAGUGUUGAUGGAUAUAGCAUGUAUCGCUUUCAAAUGGACGUGGACGAACAGAAUCAGAGGGAGGCUGAAAGGAAAGCCCAACUUGGCCCUGAGAGACAAGGCAGUAUAAUGUCUGGGCUGGGCUCUGAGAGACAGGGCAGUUUACAGAAAGGCUGUAGUUCCUCUACCCUGACUGUGGGCCCGGAGAGACAUGGCAGCCUACAUGCCAGGACCUCCAGGGACUGUGGCCGGACUUUAGGCCUGGAUAACAAGAUGCGUCCUAGCUCCUAUGUGGACAUAUUAAUUUCCCCUUGUGAACAGAGGGUUGAGGGGGAAACCACUGGAGUUGAGGAUCUGAUUGACACACCUAAAGAAUGCCCAUACCUUAGAGAUCCCCUGGAUUCUGCAUUAGCCAAAGCAGGUCUAUCAGGAGAGAAGCCCAAGCUGGAGAAGUAUACGUCCGUUGAAUGGGUUUCAACCGAACCUGAGGACACCUUCCCUACAUCUAGAGAAAGGUCUAAGACCACCAUCAUUUAUGACCGAGCUGAAGCAAGGGACAAGGGCGUCUGGGUUGCAGACUACACCCCUAAACCAGAAGCACUGGACACUACAGAUACACUGCAUGCUGCGUUAGCCAAAUCAGGUCUACCGAGCCUAAAGCCCAAGCUGGUGGCAACUAUUUCCUCUCCACAGGAGAAUAUUGUCCAUGCUAACAUAUGCUACUCCACCGAACCCCCAGCCACCCCACAAUCCACUAGGCCCAGGGCUAAGAGCAUGGUCCUUUACAGUACAGCCACAGCAGGGGAAGACACAGAGGUUGAAGACUACAACCGUCUGAUGGACAAGGUGGCCCAGUCUCCAGGCCUGUGGGGGUACAGGGUCCAGCCCAGAGCCUCUGUAGUUAGUUCUGCCCAGCUACUAAAAACACAGACCAUCUCUGAGCCUGAACUGCAGGAACCACAGGAGUUUCCUAAAAACAUAGAGACUGUGAUGGUUCCAACACUUUCUAAAACUUUGCUAGUUCCAUCAGAGUCUUUGCUGUUUCCUCUGGGUUAUUCACCUGCAGACCAGCAGCUAGUUCCUGCAGACACUGCCUCCCCUCCUUCAACUGAGCUGGAUCCUCCUGGCCCAACAUUGGUUCCUCUGGUUCAAACACUGAUUCUUCCAACCAUAGAGAUUGAUGAGGACCAAACCAUGUUUCAGCAGGCUACAGACAUAGAAGGCAACCCCCACCAAGGCUACCUGAUGGUAGGUGAGGACGAUAGGAUGUUCCCUCAAAGAUCUAAGACCUGGAACAGCAGCACCUGGAAAGGAAAGAGCCUGGGUGACAGCAGGGCGCGGCUUCGAGGAGCUAGCAGUUACACAGACAUAGUUGGAGCAUAUGGAACCACAGUUGAGGAUGAAAAGGAGGAGAAGACAGAGGAGAAGGCAGGUGGGGAUUGGGUGGAGAGAGAUGAACGUACAGAGGGGAGAAAAGAGAAAGAGAAAGAGCACGGGAGAGAACAAGGUGGUGGAGAAGGAAAAGAAAGAGCUGAGAGUCAGGUUACCAUCUGAAAGAAAGCCACAUUGCAAAACAAUACCAAACACCACUAGACCUCUGUCCCAUGCUCCAGAACAAUACCAAACCCCACUAGACCUCUUGUCCCAUGCUCCAGAACACUACCAAACACCACUAGACCUCUGUCCCAUGCUCCAGAACAAUACCAAACCCCACUAGACCUCUUGUCCCAUGCUCCAGAACAAUACCAAACACCACUAGACCUCUGUCCCAUGCUCCAGAACACUACCAAACUCCACUAGACCUCUGUCCCAUGCUCCAGAACACUACCAAGCACCACUAGACAUCUGUCCCACAAUCCAGAACAAUACCAAACACCACUAGACCUCUGUCCCAUGCUCCAGAACAAUACCAAACACCACUAGACCUCUGUCCCAUGCUCCAGAACAAUACCAAACACCACUAGACCUCUGUCCCAUGCUCCAGAACAAUACCAAACACCACUAGACCUCUGUCC